UUUAUCAUUUAAAAUUUGACGAAAGUAGAUUCAUUGCUUGACUAGUGUGUUUCGGUGUUUUUCAAAAAAAAUGUUGAGAAAUUUUUCAUUUUUUCACGAUGCCUUCUGUAACUCUUAAGGAUGUGGAUCAACACAAAUUUACAAAAGCCUUCUCAGCUUUCUUGAAGAAAACAGGUAAAAUGCGUGUUCCAGAAUGGGUAGAUUUGGUCAAAACAGCUCGUUUUAAGGAAUUGGCUCCUUAUGAUCCUGACUGGUACUAUACAAGGUGUGCUGCCAUAGUGCGUCAUAUUUACAUUCGCAGCCCAAUUGGUGUAGGAGCAGUAACAAAAAUUUUUGGUGGUCGCAAACGUAAUGGUACUCACCCUAGCCAUUUCUGCAGAUCAGCUGGUGGUGUAGCCCGUAAAGCACUACAAAGUUUAGAACAACUCAAACUUAUUGAAAAGACUGCUUCUGGUGGUCGCAAAUUAACUGCUCAGGGUCGAAGAGAUCUUGAUAGAAUUGCAGCUCAAGUUAAAGAAAAGAGCAAAAAAAACUUAAAACUACAAGAAACUCUUGUAUUGUAAAUUAAUAGAUCAUUAAAAAAAAUUUAAGUUACUUUAUUUUG